UAUUAGCUCAGUUUGGUCUGCAGUUCCGAAACGCCAAACACAAUCAAGACUUGAAGACACUUCUGCAGCUGCUGAACCUCAGUGGUCCUGAUCACACACAGAAAUGAAGAUCUCCCUUCGUCUCCAAGACGACCAAGACUCCCAACACUACCGCAACCCACUCAUCAGAGCCAAAAUCCCCAUCACCAUUUUCAACCAACCCUUCACUUCUUCCAUCGCCACUCUCCCUUCCUCCACCACCUCCUCCUCCUCCCACCUCACCUUGUCUCUCUCCUCAGCCUUCUCCUCCGGCCCUUCUCUCAAACUCUCCUACUCCCACAAUACCACCCCAUCUCCCUUCUCUCUCUCCCUCAAGUCUGGCUUAGGCCUCUUCGGCUCCCCAAACCACUCCCCUCUUGUUUUCACAGCUCACUUCUCUCUCUCCCACACAAACCCAUCUUUCUUUCUUCACAUCAAGCCUCAAUUUGGAAACUUUUCUCUGAAAAAGACCACUUUUUCCGACCCUGAUGCUUCUGGUUCUUGCUCUGAUGGUGUUUUGGGUUCUGGCCCCGGCUCAGAUGGUGGUUUUGUUGGUGGGUUUGUGUCUGAAGAGCCAGAGUCGUCUUCGUCAUCUGCUUGGCAGGAGCUGAGUUUGGAGCCACGUGGGGGUAAAGAUGUCAAUGAAGUUGGGCCUGUGGAGGAAAGGGAGUUGGGUUUGAGGAAUGGUGGGAAAGAUGGGUUCUUUUCUGGGAUUGGUGUGAUGGCCAGGACUGUUUUGCCUGUGACAAAAGGACUUGUGGUAAAUAUGCGGUGGGGGGUGAACUUUCCGGCGAAGAUGGGGAGCAAGCUGCCUUAUUUGGCAGUGAAUAAGAUUGCAUUUGAGAGAGUUGAGGAGGUGGAGGGAGAAAAGGAGGAGGAGAAGAGUGGAGGGAGUAGUGUGAAGGAUUUGGAAUUGUUGAAGGGGAUGUGUUUUUGGAUGAGGAGGGAUUUGGAGGUUUUGGAGAAGGAGAAUAGGGAAAUGAAGCAGAGGUUGGAGGAUAUGAAAUCGGGUGUUUCCGGGAGGCAUUUUCGUGGGGAAAGUGAUGCUUCUAGGAGGAGAGUGGUGCCACCAUUGGGUGAGAGUUCGAGUGAGUUUGAGAGGUGGAGGAACAAGAAGGGUGGGAGAGAAGAGAAUGUGCGAACAGAGUCUCACACACCGGUGAAGAGUGUGAGAGAAGAGAUUUCUCGGGUGGAGGAGUUGAAGAAGUCAACCAAUCAGGCGAGUGAUUUGGAAUCUGAAUUGGAGAGAGCUAUAAAGGCCGCUACGGCAUAGCAAGGAAAGCAAUAUUUCCAAGCACUGACGAAUGGCGUUCACCGAACGCG